AUGGAGAUGAUCAAGUCACCUGGUACAAAAUGGAUUGGUUAUUUGCCGAAACGUAUAUGUACAGAAAGAUAGUUGGCUUCGUGGCAAAAACAAAGUUCCUGAAAAGUUUCGAUAUCUUCAAAGAACAGAAAGUUGAAGAAUUUAGUGGCCACCUUGAUCAGAUACGCGACAGUAUAAGCUACUUGCUCUCUAUCAAGAAAUCCAGUGAAAAACAAGAGAAAGAAGUUUUAGAAGGUUUUCUUAAGAUGUGCCUUUGGGGAAACAAAUGCGAUUUGUCAUUGACAUGUGGCGAAGUAACAAUGAAAAAUUCUCCUGUGGAGGCUGCUAGGCUGCUAGACGAAUUUAUAUUGUGUAACGACUUCAAAGUCGCUAUAGACUCGUUCUUUCUAAACCUCAAACCGAAUAAGAAAGGAUCGAGAGAGCUACAUAUUGUUCUUGAUAAUGCAGGUCGUGAUUUUGAGUGGAUUCUGGGGGAGCUCAAUAAACUUGACGGUGUCUAUCAGCAGAUGUAUCAGAAACUCAGUGAAAGAGUUAAGAAGAAUGAACUUGUAUUUCGCGAUCACCGGUUUUGGACAUAUUUUCAUCCAUAUUGCGAGAUGAACACAGUGGCUCGGGAUCUUUACGAAACACUAACAGAAGCAUCGAUAAUCAUAUUCAAAGGAGAUUUGAAUUAUCGGAAGCUGAUCUCUGACAGGGAAUGGCCAUACGAAACUCCAUUCAAGGAAGCUCUUUGUGGUUUUUUGCCUGCUCCCAUUUUCGCUUUGCGAACGCUCAAGAAUGAAGUUGUCGUUGGUCUGCCUGAAGACGUUGCCGAACGAAUGCGGCAGAAACCAGAUCGCAACUGGAUGGUUACCGGAGAUUAUGGAAUGGCCGAACUUGCAUUCUGAGGAGUUUUUGAAAAGAGCUAGUCCGAGUCUUUGUUCAAUCAAUCCUAUUUUCAAUACAAGCAUGUGCAAAUGUCAUAACUUUUGAUUCUAUAAGUCCAA